AUGAAGAAACCACGAAUACCACUGGAGCCGUCGGAACCAUUGAUAGAUCCAGUUGGGCCAGAGCCAAGUGUUAUUUCUACCAACUCCAACGAGGUACGGUCUUCUGCCGGUGACACAAUCCCCUCCCCUCCCUUUAAAGACCUCCAAGCAACUGGGAGCACAGGGGACGCCGGAACGUCAACGGAACCGAGGAGAGCAAGGGCGGAGGAGAUCUUUAUUCCUAGCACGUCACCUCCCCCGUUGAAGCAGCCUGGAGAUCGUGCACAGGUCAGGGCAAGGCCGAAGAGAAAACGCGUCACCAUGGUGGCCUGGGACCAGAACUCGAAAUCGAAACCGAACGAGAGCCGUCCACCACUAGAUAACACGGAAAGCGAUGUAGAAAGCGACACGACCACGAUUGAGGCCCCUGACGAACCCUGGACGGCCCCCUCGAAUCGUACUCAAAGCAAAGUUUUGGCGGCUGGGAUGAGAAAAGCUCUCAAGGGAAAGGUCACGGCUGACGACAUCUCGCUUCUGCCUUCAUUUCGACGGGUCUCGGCAACGGACUUUGGACGUGUCGCCAGCUUCAUCGAACGCAGACACGGGCUCAUCUGGAGAAGACAUCGCGUCUGGCAGGGGAGGAUAUCGACCGUGUUCGGCACGAUCCUCAAGGUGCGGCGGCGGCCCAGGGUCCCGUUGAUGAUUUAUUGGCACGAUCAAGCGCCUUCAUGGAGAAAGAAGCCGAUCCACUAUAUCGGCAAGGCGGAUCGCUGGACGUACUUUACCCUCAUGUCCGUCCCUCGCCUCCGAUGCCUCGUCGUGACAAUGGAACAUACGAGGUACUGGAGAGGGGUCGACCCGCUCGGCGAUUUUGACAGCGGCCGCUUUGUUUGGGUUGGCCGUGAGGCAUAUCACGAAUGGCUCGGGGGGGCGGAGAGUAUCGGUUGGUGA